AAGUGUCUGUUUCGUGCGACGGGGAUUCACCAUUAAACUAAAGCCAUGCUUCAGUUCAGCUGGAUCUCAUGAAUUCGUGUAUCCAGGAUCUAUCAGAGAGGUUCUCCUAACCUGUCCUCGGGUAAUCAUGAGUCGAAGCGAGCAUUCGUUGCAGGCGCUGUCCUGGAGAAAGCUGUAUUUGAGUAGAGCCAAACUCAAAGCCUCCAGUCGCACAUCGGCUCUUUUAUCGGGCUUCGCAAUGGUGGCUAUGGUGGAAGUACAAUUGGAUACCAACCACAACUAUCCACCAGGACUACUUAUCGCUUUCAGCGCUUGCACUACAAUCUUGGUGGCCGUCCACCUUUUCGCCCUCAUGGUGAGCACCUGCAUCCUGCCAAACAUUGAAGCAGUUAGCAAUGUGCACAACCUCAAUUCGGUGAAGGAGUCCCCUCAUGAGAAAAUGCAUCGCCACAUCGAGCUUGCCUGGGCCUUUUCUACUGUCAUUGGAACGCUUCUUUUCCUUGCCGAGGUGGUCUUGCUUUGCUGGGUCAAAUUUUUACCCAUUAAGCCUAAAGACCAGAAAAAUGGUACUAUCUCUGCUGGGGUGGCUGCUGCUAUCACAUCAACAUCCAUCAUGGUGCCUUUCAGCUUGGUUUUUAUCGUCUUCGCUGUGCAUUUCUAUCGCUCACUGGUCAGCCAUAAAACUGACAGACAGUUUCAAGAGUUAGAAGAGUUGGAAGACUUACAAAAUGAACUGGACCAUAGAGGUGAAGUGUCCAAAUUACAAUCUCCCAGUUCCCUUUAUCCUUAACUUUUUAAAUCUGUGAAAGUGCAAUUG